AUACAGCUGUGAGUGGUUUAAAAGAGAGAGGCGUCUGUGCAGGUGAGAACAGAGGAAGAAGACAUUCACCUGUACAACACUAGAGACACACAGAUAUCAAACUUCAACAUGAAGUGGCUCACUGUGCUUUGUCUAUUGGUUGUGUGCUUUGUGUGUCUCAGUGUCGCACAAGUAUCUUAUGACGACUGCUGUCUGAAAUAUUCUAAAAAGCACAGCCGAACUAUUCAGAAACAUGCAGUUCGUUACAGAAUGCAGGAAGUGGAUGGUGGCUGCAAUCUUCCAGCUGUAAUCUUCACCCUGAAAAGAGGCAAGGUCUACUGCGUUGACCCUGCUGAGAGAUGGGUCCCAAAGCUCAUCCGGAGUCUUGAAAGUAGAGCCAAAAAGCACAAAAAACGGCCAUACAAAGGUUGAAGGCAAUAUAAUUAAACCAAGUCUUAUCACGCUGUUCCAGUCAUAGUUUAUGGAAAGCCAUUAAAGAAAAUGGGCAGCUUAACUUUUGCUUUUGCUGUGCAGGACAUAACAGCACCACUUUAGAAUAUGACAAACUGUUGAAAAAGGGACCAUUUUAAAGAGGUGCGUCUCUAUAUGUUAACCCCGGUUUUCUUGCCUUGUGCCAAAGUACUUUAUAAGCUGUUUGGAGUGACACAUGUAAUGUGAUACCUUAUAAUAAAGUUCUACUAAAUCUUUGUCAA